CGGGUAACGCCAUUUUCACGCACCGCGCAGUCAGUCAGUCAGCGGACCAGCCGAGCUGUCAUCUUCAUGUGCGACCAGUCAACUUUUUUAUUCAGACCCAUGAAGCCACUAUCAAGUUAGUUUUCACGGACCUGUUCCUGCCAUGGAACCGAAGGAGAGCCGUCUUUUUCCCGCAUGGGCUCCGACUAAACUCGGUGUUUCUGACAGUUGGGCUGCUAGUAGCUAUGUGUAGCUAUGUAAGCUAGCUGGUCAUCAUUAACGGCGGUUUGAUGCAGUGAAGCCCGGUCGGCAAAUCAUAAACGCAACCCCGGAGACAGUGUGGAAAUUCUGUUUUUACUUUUUAAUUGUAUUGCCCACGGUGUCGGGAAAAGGAGAAAAAACACUAUCCACUUGUAGAAGUCUCAAUUUAAAGGGCGAAGAGGCGAGAAAACCAGCGAUAUCGUCCCGCUACAUCGGCAACGGAUGUCCUAUAGAACGAAUGCGUGAGGACAUGUCCACCAUGGUGUGCGUGAAGGAGGAGGAGGACCCUGGGGAGAAGCUGUCCCAGGAUGAGAUCAUCUCCAGGACCAAACAGGUGAUCCAGGGGCUGGAGGCCCUGAAACAGGAGCACCACUCCAUCCUGGAGGGCCUGCUAGGCACGCUGCGAUGCCUGAAGCAGGACGAGGAGGGCGUGCUGGUGGAGGAGAAGUCCCACAUGAUCCGCAAGUCCAUGGAGAUGCUGGAGCUCGGGCUGAGUGAGGCACAGGUGAUGAUGGCGCUGUCCAGCCACCUGAGCUCAGUGGAGUCCGAGAAGCAGAAGCUCCGGGCUCAGGUACGCCGGCUCUGUCAGGAGAACCAGUGGCUGAGGGACGAGCUGGCAGGGACGCAGCAGAAGCUGCAGAAGAGCGAGCAAAGCGUAGCCCAGCUGGAGGAGGAGAAGAAGCACCUGGAGUUCAUGAACCAGCUGAAGAAGUACGACGAGGACCUGUCCCCAUCAGAGGAGAAGGACUCCGACUCAAGUAAAGAAACUCUGGACGAUCUCUUCCCAGAUGACCAGGAUGACCAAGCCCCAGGAAUUCAGCCGACUCACGGCAGUGCUGCAGCAGCGGCCGCCCAGCAGGGAGGCUACGAGAUCCCAGCCCGUCUGAGGACCCUCCACAACCUGGUGAUUCAGUACGCCUCUCAGGGCAGAUACGAGGUGGCUGUGCCCCUCUGCAAGCAGGCCUUGGAAGACCUGGAGAAGACCUCUGGACACGACCACCCCGAUGUGGCCACGAUGCUCAAUAUCCUAGCUCUUGUUUACAGGGACCAGAACAAAUAUAAGGAGGCAGCCAACCUGCUGAAUGAUGCUCUGGCUAUCAGGGAGAAGACUCUAGGCAGGGACCAUCCAGCUGUUGCUGCCACCCUCAAUAACCUGGCUGUCCUGUAUGGCAAGAGAGGAAAGUACAAAGAAGCAGAGCCUCUGUGCAAGAGAGCGCUGGAGAUCAGAGAAAAGGUGCUGGGGAAGGACCACCCAGACGUGGCCAAGCAGCUGAACAACCUGGCCCUGCUGUGUCAGAACCAGGGCAAGUACGAUGAGGUGGAGUACUACUACAUGAGAGCGCUGGAGAUCUACCAGACCAAACUGGGCCCGGACGACCCCAACGUGGCCAAAACCAAGAACAACCUGGCUUCCUGUUACCUCAAACAGGGCAAGUUCAAGCAGGCUGAAACUCUGUACAAAGAAAUCCUCACCCGCGCCCAUGAGAGGGAGUUCGGCUCUGUUGAUGAUGAGAACAAGCCGAUAUGGAUGCACGCUGAGGAGAGAGAGGAACAAAGCAAGGGGAAGCAGAAGGACGGCUCACCUUUUGGAGAAUAUGGAGGCUGGUACAAGGCCUGUAAAGUCGACAGCCCUACAGUGACCACCACCCUGAAGAACCUGGGCGCCCUCUACAGGCGGCAGGGGAAGUUUGAGGCGGCAGAGACUCUGGAGGAAGCUGCCCUGCGUUCCAGAAAGCAGGGUCUGGACACUGUUCAUAAGCAGCGUGUGGCAGAGGUCCUGAGCGAGCCCGAGGCCCGUGAGAAGCAGCGGAGCCGCGAGAGCUUGACCUCUGACACGGUGAAAUACGAGAGCGGGCCGGACGGUGGCGAGGAAGUGAGUAUGAGCGUGGAGUGGAACGGGGACGGCUCCGGCUCGCUGAAGAGGAGCGGCUCCUUCAGCAAACUGCGAGCGUCGAUCCGCCGCAGCAGCGAGAAGCUCGUCCGCAAGCUGAAAGGAAGCGGCCCCAGAGACAGCGAGCCCAAAAACCCCGGCAUGAAGCGAGCCAGCUCUCUGGGGGUUCUUAACGUGGCGGACAAGGCUGCGAGUGACCACUACCAAGAACGAAAUAAUCGUCUGAGAAAGAGUCGCGACCUGAGUGCCAGCCACACUGACCUGGCGCAUUGAAGGUUUUUGUUUUCCCGACCCUGACGGAUGGAGGGACUUCAGCACGAGGAUCGACCUCCUGUCCACAAACUUCAGACUCUUCUCACUGUAACCUUCUGUGUGUGAAAUCUGUUUUUUUUACCCCCACAUUAUACUCAAACACCACGGCCUCACUGUACAGGUAUCGUUGCACUUUUUGAAAGUUUGCGCUCUGCGAGGGGGAAGUCGUGAUGUUUAUUUGAAUCUUUACAUAUCGAGGAAGAAGAAGAAGAAUAUAUGAACAUAUUACCUGCUGUAGGUUUCUGAACUGAGCGUGUAAAUCUUUGUUUUCUUGUAUAUCUAUGUGCUUGUACUGUCCGUAAGAACGCCCACUUAAAUCAGUCCUUUUGAAUAUUUAUGUUCUGAUGUUGAAUGAAGGCAAACGCAGAGACGAGUUUUAGUUUGACAAACGUUUCUGAUGCAGAAGAAGAACAUUAACUUGUUGAAUUGUAGAGCUUAAAACUUAAAACUGCAACAAUAGAAUUGACAGUAGGAAACCUCCCUAAUUGGGCCCCUUCUGACAGCGCUCACUCUCGUGAUAUUCCUGUGAGAAUCAUGGUUGGUCAGUAAAUGUCCCUGAAGGAAAAUGAAGAGAAAUGAUCUGUCUGGGAGUGAAAAAAGAACGAGGAAGAGCGUCAGGACACUGGCAGACAUGAUGGUAGUUGGAGGGGCCCCUAAUUAAUUUUUGCCCAGGGGCCCCCAACAGACUCUAGAAUCGCCACUGCUCGCUAAGUCGUGAGUUUUUUUCAGUGAAUCCUGAAAAUUAAGAUUUCAUAAAUUGGACACAUUUGUUUUGCAAGAAAAAAAUGAGAAUACAAUUGAGAUGAAACAACGCUAAGAACCAAAGCUUUGAGCAAAAUGUGACGCGUGUUUCAACCUCAUAUUCUGCUUUAACCUUUGAAGGUAAAAAUGUUGGAAACCUGCAGAGAGAAGCUGCGUCUCAAACACUUUGUAAGACUUGUUUUCCUGAAAUGUUCCGUCCUGUGCUGGUUGAAGAUUGAUGUUUACAUUUUGCGUUUUCUUUUUUUUUUUUUGUAAAUUGUGUUUUAUUUGUUUCUGCGCUGCUCUCUUUAUAUCUCUCUGUAAAAAAAAAAAAAAAAACUCGACUUUAGCGGCGCUGUCUUAGUGAAUAACGAGGUUGAUGAAAAAUGCGACAGAACAGAAUCGUUUAUUCUGCACAUGAAGGCCGAGCGGCGAGCGGCACACUCAGGUUUGAUGCUUUUAGUUUCACACACUGACGGUAACUAUUGAGGCGGCUGAGAUUGAAAAGGCGCCGCACAGAGACGAGGUCAGUGCGUACCUGUGACUCCUUCCUGUAAAAUAAAAAUCAAAGUCCAGAGAAGUUUGUUGAUUUAUUAAACAAAGAAGAGAAAAAAUAUUCUGAACAAAAAGUCCAAACGAUGAAGAUAAAAGAUGACAAAAACGAUGACCAUGACGGUCAGCAGAAAACAUGCAAACCCUCUCCCCCUCUUUGUCUAACCCCCCGCCCCACAUCGGAACAGGACUCCAAUAUUGAUCCUAGUUUGAGCACGUUUCUGCUCGUGGAGCUUAUUAGAAACAUGCAGAGGCUUUUUAGGUCGGGUACAAUCACUUCUAUCUGAACCACUUCUCUUGACCCGCUUCCAUCACUGCAACACCUGUUGGUUUGACCUGAUAACUGCUCUCAUAUCUGACAAACAGAGGGGCGUCCAAAACGGCCGUGUGGUGGGGUGUCUUAAAACCGCCUACCUUCUCUGGUCCAAACAAAUCCAGAGCAUUCAGGAGCAGAAUCUAAAGUUAGAAGGAGGACAUACUGGCUGCUGCAUUGUUGUCAGAGAAGCCAGCACUUCAACAUGUUUCCUUAAUGUCUGAUCAGAUAGUAAGAUCAUUUUAUCAUUUUAUUCAGUAAGAUAUCUUAAAGAUUUGGUACCUUGAGUACAUAUAGAUUAAUGCGACUUAAAAGAGUCUUCAGGGACUCUAGAAAACAUCCUCAUUCUAACUUUAUCUGAACAUGUUUGUGUCUGAAUUCUGACCAAAGAAUUUGGUUUGGAAGAUGAAGUAGUCAUCGGCAUACAGACACAGUCAUGAGGGAUCUAACGUCACAUUUAACUUUAUUCAGAUUAUCGGGCUGAUUUCACCACUGAUGCAUUUACUGCAUGACUUCAUCGACAUCUGAAUCACAACAGAGAGUGUGUGUGUGUGUGUGUGUGUGUGUGUGUGUGUGUGUGUGUGUGUGUGGUGGCUUUAACUCCAAAGCAUUGAAAUACUUCAACAUUUUUCAUCGUCAUCUCCCCGUUAACCAAACAAAUAUGGCGCCCUGAUGUUCAAAAUAUGAACGCUGAACUUGAAGUUUCCGUCUGUGCCUGCAAUAAUUUACUCAAAGUUUUGAGAUUUUAAAAAUGUAACAUGUCUCUUAUUUUGUCGUUACACUUUUUGUCGAGUUUGUUGUGUCGACUGUUGAUCAGUCGGCUCGUCCACCCGCUUUAUGCUUUUGAAGAAUACACCAUUUUGUUUUUCUUUCACUGUCAGAGGCUCCACAAAGUACAGAGGCACAUAACUUAACAAUGUCUGAUGGUGGAGAUGAACUGGGCCACAUUUUGAGCAACACUGGACGAACAACAUCUACAGCAACAUGUGUACAAAAACUAUGUUGCUCGAUGUCAGAUCAACGUUGCUCAAAGUGUCGCCUGCCUUCUGAUGCUGAUUAUCACAGGAAGUAAACCUAAAAUCUCUCCUCAGAAUCACAUUCUCAUCAUUUUCAGGAGUAUUUUUAUAUAAUUUUUAUGAUGACAUGAAUGUAAACUUAAAGGCUGAUGGAAGUUCUGACAACUUAGAAAAGUUUGAGUUGGAUUCUUGUUUUGUUUCUCGUUACAGCAGGGGAAGUAAAAGUGUCACAGUCCGUCCUUUUGUUGCCGUUUUUAUUUCUACCUUUUAAGUUAAGGGCGUGUUGAUGAAGCAUAUUUUCCAAGAAAUUGCGAGCUACUAUUUUUUCCAUUACAGCGUGUGGCAAUAAUAAGAUACGAAACCUAUUGGUGAAAAUGUGGAGGGAUUUCCACGUGGUUGUUUUUCUCAGAUAACAUUUUUAAUCA